AUGUUGUUCUCCAACAGUGUCUGCGCCCUCGUGGCGGCCUUGUCGGCCCAGGCUCUGGCCAACAAAGAUAGCACCACUUGCUACACCGAGAUGACCUACAAGAGCCCUGGUCGACAGCCCGUGACUUCGUGGGUCACACACAAGACUCCUUGCACUAUCAAACAGACUCACACGGAGACCAAGACCAAGACCCCAACGUACACCAAGGUUGAAACAAAAUACAUCACAACCUAUGUCACUGAUCGCAACAAGUACACUUCCACCAAAUAUGUGACUGAGACCAAGGACACAAAGACAGUCACCGACACCAAGACGGACACUUCCACUGCAACCACUACAACAUCUGUGACUUCCACCUCGACGGUGCCAGCUCGAGCAGACUUCACGGCAGUCCAGGAGUCUGUGCCUGGCGCGACUAUUGAUGGCGAGGUUGGUGGGCCACCUGCGCCAGCAGCCAAGAGAUCAUCGGAUGAUCUUGAGGAGCGUUCUGACUACGGAGGCUGCAAGAAGUCGUACCCCAAGAAGGUUACAUGCCACAAAUAUACAAAGGACGGCAAGUGUGCCACGAAGAAGGUCACCACAACGAAGACCAUCCACGCGAAGACCAAGACAGUCCACGCAAAGACAACCAAGACCAAGACUGAAACCAAGUGCCCUGAAGCAAAGAAGACGAUCACUUCGACCGUCUACGAUGCAAAGACCACGACUAUCACAACAACCGCCUCGACAACCACUACCUCCACAGCUACAAGCGUCAUCGCAUCGACAACCGUCUAUGGCGAAUGUCUUUCGCCUUCCAACUACGCCAAUUACAUUGACGGAAACCCCAUCGUCCAGAACAGGGCCGAGCGCCCCGGUCUGGCUUUCGAGGAGGCGCUCGAAAUCGAAGACGCCUUCUCAUGCUGUAACGCAGCUUUCAGCCCACGCGCAGCCAGCGAGGGAGCCCUCCUCGAAUCUGUGGAGUUGUGGGUAUUUGGAGAUGUCUCUGUGGAUGGGGACGUUGUUUCUGACACCACUCGCUGCUUGCUGUUCGGCUCGAGCAAUAUGUGCAGUGCAAGACAGGAAGACGCACCGUGGUUUCUCGAUACGGGGAUUGGUGCUCCACCUCCGUCUGCUGUUCUUGGUAAUGCGCGCUGUGGGCAAGGAGUCUUCGGCGAGGCAUUGACAGCUCCCGAAGAGGGAGAGGGCGGCACCUUGCGAACAUCGUCGGCGAGAACUGGGCGACUAAACGCCAUUCUCUAA